UUACGAUAACUGCUGGCCACUCCCGAGCCAUUCAUAGUUUGUGGCCGGCAGCAUAGGAACAGCUCCUCUGCAGCCGUUGCUGUGGAGUCUGCGACGCAACGCGUUUAGCUGAUAUUCGCGCCUCUUCGCUCUACCAUGACUACUACAAUGGAUCCUGGAAAGAAACUGAUCAACUCAGUAGACAGUUGUGUUGAUGACAUGCUUAAGGGACUUGUUUCUUGUCAUCCAGGACUGGAUCUGCAUGAGAAGAGGAGAGUAGUACUUGUAAAAGAGUGGGAACAAAGAGGAAAUAAAGUUGCUCUGGUCUCUGGAGGAGGUUCAGGACAUGAGCCAUUCAGUGCUGGUUAUGUUGGUGAAGGUAUGCUGACAGCAGUAUCAGCUGGUUCAGUAUUUGCAUCUCCACCUGCUUCUAGUGUCUUGCAUGCUAUAAAGUGUGUCAGUGUUAAUAAUACAGGUGGAGUUUUGGUGAUAAUUCCAAAUUAUACAGGUGAUUGCUUAAACUUUGGACUAGCUGUGGAAUGGGCUAGAAAGAGGGAAAUUAAGGUGGAGACUAUCACUGUGGGAGAAGACUGUGCAAUAUCAGAACUGAGGAACAGCAAACCUCCAAGGAGUCGUGGUAUGUGUGGAUUAGUAUUCACUUUUAAGAUUGGUGGUGCGAUGUCAGAAGAAGGAAAUACUCUGACUGAAAUUAAAAAUGAACUAACGAAAGUUGUGAACAGUAUGGCAACAAUAGGUGUAGCAUUAUCAGCCUGCAGUUUGCCAGGUUCUCCACCAUUAUUUACCUUAGCCCCUGAUGAGAUGGAAUUAGGCCUUGGAGUUCAUGGUGAGGCAGGGGCAAGUCGAAUAAAAAUGUGUUCAGCUUCAGAAGCAGUAGAAAUAAUGUUGGAUAAGUUGAUCAUUACUUUAUCAUUGAAGGAGGGAGAUGAAGUUGCAGCUCUGAUAAACAACCUGGGAGGAUCUUCACACAUAGAAGAAUGGAUCAUAGCUAAUGAAGUAAUUAAUCAACUUGGCUCAAAGAACAUAAACGUGAAGCGAAUUUAUGUUGGUGCACUUAUGACAUCACUUGACAUGCUUGGAAUGCAAGUAUGUCUUCUCCGACUUGAUGCAGAAAACAAAGAUAAAUGGUUGAGAUACUUGGACUGUGAGACAAAUGCUCCAGCUUGGCCUGGUACGAAGCUCUCGUUACCAUCACAUUUUAAACCACAAAAUAGUGAGUCUGACAUUGAGGAACAUAUUGAGUUACAGGAAAAAGGUUUGAUUCUUGGUGACGAGGAAACUUCAGUAUUCAAAGAGUGCCUGUCUGCUGCUUCAAAUGCUAUUAUCACAGCAGAAAAACAUUUAAAUGAACUAGAUAGUGGAUGUGGUGAUGGAGAUUGUGGAUCUACUUUGCGAAGAUUGGCAGAAGGUAUCCUUGAAGAAAUAGAGAAGUCAUCCCUCAGUUGUACAGGAAAGGUAUUUCUGCAGUUAGCAAAUGUUGCAGAAAGCCGCAUGGGAGGCACAUCAGGAGCUGUGUAUAGUCUAAUGUUCAUCAGUGCUGGAGCAAAACUUGAAGACAGUUGUCUGAAUCAUUUCAAGGCAUUUGAAGAGGCUUGGAAAUGUGCUCUCGAAGGUGUUAUGAAGUACAGUACAGCCCGUGAAGGUGACAGAACAAUGCUAGAUGCCCUGAUACCUGCUUACAAUACAUACAGCUGUUGCAUGAAAGAAACAAGAAGUGACCAGAUAAAAGCACUCAUGGCCACAAUUGAUGCUGCAGAGCAGGGUUGUUUAAAUACACAGUCCAUGAAAGCAAGAGCUGGCCGUGCAGCUUAUGUGAAUGAAGCACUUCUCACAGAUGUUGAUGCAGGAGCUCAUGGGGUAGCAUUAUGGUUGAAAGCAGUUUGCUCUGUACUGAUAGAGAAAUUGGGAGGAGAGAAAGCUAAAUGCCUUUGUAAAUCUGGUCACUGAUGCAACACAUUCUUAUCUAAUGAUAAAAGUAUGAAGGUCCUACAGUUUUAACCUUUUUGUACAGUUUUUAUCUGUUCUGUACCACACCAUCACUGUACUAACAAAAUAUUUUAUAAUAAAGUGGAACUGAAACACUUAUCA